AUGGUCCUCCUCACUCAGCUUCCCCUUGAGAUCGUGAACCAUGUCCUAAGCUUCGUGGACCCUGAGGAUCUCCCCAGGGCCAACACAACUUGCCAAUAUUUGUACCAUGCCGUGAAGGACAAUAGUGCGCUAUUCCGAGCCGUGUAUCUCCGUCAUCUCGACGCACCACCACCGAAGACAGAACUCAAUUGGGUCCAGGAAAUCAAAGAUUUGGUCAAGCUGAAACGUAUAUGUGCCAGUGAGAACCCUGAAAGGGUGAGCCCACCUCCACCUCUCACGGAUUUCGUCACAUUUGGGGCAAGCCAGAACAUAAGCAUACUGAGGGAAUGCUUCUCUUCCGAGUCGACUGUCCAUGCCUUUCUCUGCAGCUCAUUCCUCUUCCAGAGGGCGUCCACCCCUGUCAAGAACUUUGUCUUCCCGAAGCAGCCUCCCACCGAGGAGCGGCAGAUGUCGGCAAGGCUCCACUGCCUGUACGGUGUGCCCGUGCUCAACUUCAACCGCUUGAGGUCGAGUCGGACAUACCCCUUUGCCAUCAGCAAAGUCUACGAUAUCCGUGAGUACACAACCCAGACGAGGUGGGGCCCGUUCAUGGACGAGGGUCCCGGUCCGAUCGGUACCGAGAUCAACCAGGACGGCCGGCAGGGCCUACCGAGUGACAGGGUGGACUGGGAGAAGGUCGAGGCCAUCAUGAUCGUUCUCUGGCACAACCUGAAGACCAAGGGCCUGGACCGCCUGCCGGUAUUUAACCAGUUCUGGGGCAUGCCUUUCGCGGGCUGCUGGCCGAACAGCUACAUACCCGAACCUAUCAAUAGAGAUAUUACGGACCUGGAACUGAAAGACCCGUAUGAUGUGACCGGGACUUGGCUGAGGGUCGUCUGUUUCCUCGACUAUAAUGACUUUUUCGGCUACAACUUCCCGCCACAUGACGACCUACCGGACCACCUCCCGAGGCACGCCCUCGAUGAAGUCGAGGCGACGCGGCUGAUCGUAGUGAAGAUUCGCGUCACCAAGAUCGAGCCGCCGGGGCCUGAGGAUGGGCAGGCACUGCCUGUGGUGCACUACGAAGGCUUCUCCAAAUCCCUGGACUCGAGCUUGGACGAGAAUGCGAAUUCCGGCCUCACAGGAAGCGUCCGCCUCACGAGAGAGGGCGAGGUGCGCUGGACAAGCCACUCGAUCUUCAACGGCCAGGAGAGGUGGCGCAGCGAGAGCAUCCAGGUCGGCGGCCUCAGGUCCAGCAAAGUGGUCGGAAAUUGGUUCGACAAGGACUACGACCCAUCUGGCCCUGUCGGUCCCACCGCGUUCUGGAAGAUCAGCGACCGUCAGCCGGGCAGCCGCGACGACCACAUCACUGAGCACGACUACCGCGCGAUCAUCGACGGGCUGGAGGAGAACGUCGACCUCGGACGGGUUGAUGAUGACGAAGAAGCCGGUCUUCUGGGUGUGUUCCAGAUCAACUCUGAUGACGAAGAAUACGAAGACGCCGAGGAUGAUGACAAUGAAGAGGAAGAUGAGGAUGAUGAUUUCGCCAGUGAUGAUGGUACAUACGUUCUCGCCCAGAUGACGUCUCAGGGGCUGGACGAAAAAUAG